AUUUUUCAAACCAUCAUCAAUUACCCGGAAGGCCGCAACAAAGUCAAGAUUGAAUAGUAAUUUUCAAGCAUUUUAGUCUUCUUCAAAUCGUCCAUGCAUCCUAUUAUGUUCACAUAAACUUCUUCCAUUUCCAAAUAAAUAAUCGCGCAAGCUCCAAACCGUUCAACAAUUCGAUCAGAUCAAUAAAUGGCAACUUCUUCAAUUGGUUUCUCCGGCGGGUUUUCGUCAUUCGGAAGCCGGAAAUCCCCUAAUUCUAGGCCGACAACCUCUUCAAAGAGCUUGGGUUUGGGAGGUUUUUACCAUCUUGGCUCUUCUUCACUUCUUAAAACUGGCAAAUGUUUUCACAGUGCUUAUCACAUUGCCACAUCUAAGAGAAAUUUUGGGGUAUGCUUUAGCGCCGGGGCCGGCAUUGAAUCAGCUGCUGGAUCGUUCCCAGAUCCUAAUACACUAAAGGGUUGGUUGAUUGGGAUUCUGAUAUCUGUGGUUGUACCAUUUCUCCGUCACAAAUUAGGGUCUCUUUCGCAAAUUAAAAAUUCUAUCGAACAGGCGGAAGAAGUGGUCCACCGUUUAGAGAAGGUGGCUGAGGUGGUGGACAAGGUGGCGGAAGAUGUAGGUGAGAAUCUUCCGGCCGGAAAAUUGAAAGAUGCGGUGGCGUUGGUGGAACAUGCGGCUGAGAAAGCGGAUAAGGACGCGGAAAGGUUAGGAGAGCUAAUUGAUAAGGUGGAAGAAAUGGAAGACAGGGUAGAGGACGGCAUAGAGUCCUUGGUCGAAAUGGCGAGCCACAAAUCUCAAGAAUAUACUCUUAAUAAAUCUGCGAGUGUGAAAAAUUUAUAAACAAAAAUCAGAAGAAAUGAGUACAAUAAUGCCAAAUUUUCUAGUAUAAUAGUCUCAAAUAUUAAUUAUUAACAUCUUAAUUAAAAAAAGGGUUAUGGAAAAUUUAUGUUUAUUUGUAAUUUUACUUUCUCACCACCAUUUUAUUUGUUCUAUUUUCUUUUUUGGGUUGUCCCAAAAUAGUAUGAUUUUGAAUUCACUAUUUAUGUAAAUUAGUUGCGAAAUUAGAUUUCUUGUUUCAUUGUUUAUAUUUGAUGGUAUAUCGACCUUCAUCUUCUUAUGCGCGAGUUACGCUAUGUACGCAUGAAUUACAUUUUCUUAUGCGCGAAUUAUAUUUGGAUUUGCUCAACAAGUUACAUUUUGCAUACAUAUAAUGA